AUGGCACCUAAGACACGGGCAAGAAAUCGUGCUGUGGAUCAACUAGAAUUUGGGGGAAACAUAAGUAGUGAAAGAAAUUUAAGCCAGUGGCGGCCCUUUCUAAAAGCAGCCGGCUGGGUUGACAUUCCCUACCGCGGUUCCACGCGCGUUGCCGCAGGACGCGGUCGCUGGUUUGUUCUUCCCGUAGGUUCCGGGGCCGAUAGAGACGCAAUCGUCGCCCGUGCCAAUGUUAGAGUUGGUGAUAGUAACUCCGGUGGACAUGUUCACGUGAAUGCCGUCGGUGUUCGGGCUGUGGGCCGGGGCCCGUAUCUUCACAUUUGUGAGCUUGACAUUUUGACAACCCUCCACAAGAAUGUGGAAAAAUUGGGGGUUGUACGAGAAAAGUGGUCAACAAAGAUAUAG